AUGGAGGCCUACGAGACACUCGGCAUCCUCGGCGAGGGCACCUACGGCGUGGUUGUCAAGGCCCGAAGCCGCGUAACGGGGAAGCUUGUCGCCAUCAAGCGCUUUAAGCAGACAGAGCAGGAUGAGCACGUCCGCAAGACCUCCUCCCGCGAAGUGCGCAUGCUGCAGCUGCUGCAGCACCCCAACGUGAUCCGCUUAGAGGACGUCUUCCGCAGGGAGGGUAAGCUCUACCUCGUGUUUGAGUUCAUUGAUCACACGAUCCUGCAGCUUCUGGAGAGCACCACGCGCGGUUUCCACCGCCACGAACUGCGCCGCUACACCUACCAACUGCUGCGCGGUAUCGAGUUCUGCCACAAUCAAAACAUCAUACACCGCGACGUGAAGCCGGAAAAUGUGCUCAUCGACGAAUCAGGACUGCUGAAGCUCUGCGACUUUGGCUUUGCUCGACAGACGUCGGCCAAAGGCAAGUACACAGACUACGUGGCAACGCGCUGGUAUAGGGCGCCGGAGCUGCUCGUCGGAGACGUGGCCUACGGCAAGCCGGUGGACGUGUGGGCGCUAGGGUGCAUGUUUGCCGAGCUCUCCGAUGGACAGCCACUCUUCCCCGGCGAGUCGGACCUAGACCAGCUAUGCCUGAUUAUGCAGACCUGCGGGCCAGUGCCGCAGCGCCUAGUUUUCAUCUUCAUGCACAACCCGCUGUACAACGGCAUCAGCUUUCCGCACACCGACAUCCUGUACACGCUCAAGGAUCGCUACCAUCGCGAGUCGAACGACUGGAUCGAGUUCCUCAGCUCUUGUCUCCACACGGACCCGGCGCAGCGGCUGACGUGCACGGAGCUUAUGGAGCUCCCCUACUUCACGCGUGACGGCUUCCGCGAUCGCUAUGAGGCCGAGCUGCGGGCUGCAACGGGCCUGCCUCAGCUGCGGUCCACUCCCACGACGUCGGCGCCUUCGACACAGCGGCGUGCGCCGGAUCAGGCAGCUGCUUUAGGAGGCGACAUCAAGGCAGACGCCGUCGUGCCUCCACACACGCGCCGCUCGAGUGAGAAUAUUUCACCGGCGCUGCAGGGACAACAACCGCCCACGGCCAAAAACAGCUUUAGCGAACCACACAUCUCGAAGACGGCGCUCAAGCCUGCCGCGCACGACGCCAACCCCGGCAAGGGCAAAGGUGCAGGCGCACCAACGCUCAGGUUGACGUCUCCACACAAGACGGCGUCUGAGCAUCCCCUGCAGCUGCCGAUGAUCCUCAACGUUAGCUCGGAGAGGGCCAUCGCUGCGGCGCUGACGGACUACUUGAAUCAGAUGCCCACCUCUUCGAGCACUGUGGUGUCGUCACCGGCACAGGCUACUCCAGCAGAGGUGGCCGAGGCCUUUACCAAAGCUGAUCCGCUCUCCCGCUCGUGUGGGGCGGCACUGCCGCUGCAGACAUCGCAGACCAUCAACGCAUCAACUACGCGAGAUAAAAAGAAGAAGCGGAAUAGCAGUUUAGCAGAGACCGAAUUACACCGGCGCAGCAGCGCAAGCAUCAGCAACGACACCGAGUACGCUGUGACGACAGACGGCACCAAGGGUGAACCGGCCAGGCACAUCAGCGACCAUCCACGGGCAUCGGCCACACUUCCGCCCAACGGAGUUCGCGAUGGCGGUGACUCUCACGAGCCGAGGCGCGAAGGCGAAAAGACAAACGUGUCGCCACCGCUGCCGUCGCACGGAGUGGCAGAGAGUAACAUGCGGGCUCUCCUGACAACCGCAGCACCAGGAAAGGAUGGUGGCGAGACGGCUGUGCUGAGCCACCGAGCUUUGAAGCCGGCGUCAGCGGAGAAAGCCGCGGCAACGACGGCCACAGCUUUUUCGCCGCCGCCGCUCACCGCCACCCACGGUGCUCCGCUGGCAGAGUGUCUGCAGGACCUCCCUGCCCUAUCCCUGCACCUCCCGCGCCACUUACAGUCGGAACGGCAGACACCAGCGGCGGAGCAGCCUCAGCCGCACACCUCACUCUCUGCCGAGACCUCGAUGUCGUCCUUCCACGUCCGCACGCGCAACCCACUCGCUGCAGCCUCGUCGGUGAACGAUGGCGUUUCUCAUGGCAAGGCAAACAUUGAGACGACUGGCUCGAGCGUCGCUAAGCCACGGCUCGGCCUCUCGAACUCAAGUGUCUCAACGGCCGCCAGCGAAGUGAAGAAGCGCAAGUCCGCCAGGCACAAGAGUAACACGAGCCGCCUGCAAGACAAGGCUGUGGGGCCCGUCAGCGGCAGCGCAUCGCGUCGCCCUGUCCCAGGGAACGCGUCGGACGUAGUGGCUUACCGUGCGGGGUUCGCCUCGGUGGUGAACUCUUUGAAGUCAACGGUGUCACAGUCGCUCUCUCAUGUGCUGGGUCAGCAGCAACGGCACCGCUUGCUGUCCCCAGAGUCAGACGGAGUCCACACUGCCGAACCGCACCUGCACGGUGUUGGUGCAGGCCCGAGCGCACCUGAUUCCACCCGUAACCGAAACGUCGACGCAACCGGCCCACAGCCACGCAAGGAGCGGCGAUGUAAACCGUUGGCUGCCUCAACACAUGCUCUCCAGGGUAGUGAUCAGCGCCAUCGCCAGCAGUCGCAGCCUCGACUGGACGGACCACUGCACCCUGACGGCGGUGCCUCUCAGCGAGCCACGGCUACCUUGAUGGCUUUAUCAGCGCUUCGCAACGUCUCCGGGCCGCCGCCGGCCAAGUCCGCCGGCGACGCGAACAAGAGCAGCUACGUCCACCACACACGCUCGCACACCAACAACAACGGAGGCGAGACCGUGAUCCCGGUGGUUGGUGGGGACGGCAACGACACCAACACAUGCGUUACAAGUCGCGCUCGACGUCCUAUAGUUGCGUGCGCGGUGCACGGCAACAACCGCGAUAGUGACGAGCUGAUGGCGACCCGCCGAGUGCAGAAGAAGAAUGCCGUCGCGACACACGGCCGAACUGGCAACGGCGCUGUGGGUUCCAUUGGCUGCACAGAUAGCUCCACGACGUCUUCCUAUCAAGCAACCAGCAUUAUGUAUGGCGCGCCGUACCACCCCUUUGCGAGGGCCUCAAAGGUGGACGGUGAUGUGUGCGGGGCCCAGCAGCGGCAGACCCUACAGAGGCUCAAGAAGAAGAUUGCCGACCACCGCGGCAGCGGCAUCGCAAACACAACCAGCAGCAUUGGCUCCCGUCACUCGCUGACGCCUGCGCGGCAGAUACAGCACCAGCCGCAGCUCGCGAAGGAGGAUGGUGGCAGCGGCGACGGCAAAACGCCCCAGUUUAAUGCCGCCACAGCUGCAUCCCCCGAUACUGGCAUCUGA